AUGUCUCGGCGUUCCCUCCCUUUUGCUGUUGGCUGUUUGCAUGCGGCCUCUCUGAGGUCCUUCGGGGCCCCCCAUCUGUGGGGGCCCCCCUGCUGCUGCAGCAGCAGCAAUGCAGCAGCAGCAGCAGCAGCAGCAGCAACAGCAGCAACAGCAGCAACAGCAGCAACAAGGAGCUGGUGCAGCAGCCUGUCUAUCACGCAACGUUCGGCGCUUCAUACAGCUGCUGCAGCUAGCCAUCCAGCAGCAGCAACACCUGCAACAGCAGCAGCAGCAGCAGCAGCAACAGGAGCAGCAGCAGCAGCAGCAGCACCGCGUACAGAUGCAGCAGCAACAUUCUACCAGAACUCUGCACCUGCCAGGGAGGCAGCAGCAGCAGCAGCAACACCGGCCGACGUAGCAGCAGCAGGUACCUCUACAGCAGCAACAGCAGCAGCAGCAGCAGCAGCAGCAACAGCAGCAGCAGCAGCAGCAGCAGAUCAAGUAGCAGGGCUGAGGUACAGGUGGAGGCCCCCUCUUGGGGUAGUUGAGUCUAUGCAGCAGCAGCUGCAGCCGCUGCAGCAGCUGCAGCAGCUGCAGCAGCUGCAGCAACUGCAGCAGCAACCGAUGCAGCAGCAGCAGCCGUUGCAGCAGCUGCAGCAGCUGCAGCAGCUAGCAGCAGCAGCAGCAAAUCAACUCAUAGAAUGCACAAACCCUGACUUUAUAGCAUGGGGCCCCUCCUGGGGGCAAAUCAACUCAUAG